CUCGUCUCUGCCACCCCGCCCGCAGCGCUCCCCGCUGUUCGUUACCCAACCAGUCCAACUUUUCUGUCUUUCCGCCGUACACAUUUUUGAGACGAUGUCUCGUUCCACUCUUUCCGCUCUCCUCAUCGCCGCUGCCGCCUCGACCUAUGUCUUCGCCCAGCCAGACCCCGCCGACCCCACGCCGCUCUACUCCAAGCAUUACGCGUACCCUAGUGCCAUCCCCUACCAGGUCGACUACAACACCGCCGCCAUCCGUGGUCCCCAGGUCGGUUACAACAUUUGCAACGGCACCACGGAGAACCAGCAGUCCAUGUGCCAGACUUCAUUCGUCAACCACCUUGACGACUUCUGCCUCUGGGCCCCAUCCAAGCCCAACUCCACCAUCGCUGACACCGAGCAGGAGGAGAUCGCCUGGUGCACCAAGAAGGGCCACGGUACCCGUGUUAUGCCCGAGGGUACCCUCCAGGGUGUCCAGUACCUCAAGAUGAAGGACUACAUCCAGAUUACUGGCUUCAUCAAGCAGGAGAACGUCAACAUGGCUACCGGUGACUACGGAGGAGAGCUUGACCCGCACGGUGCUGAUCUCCGUGGCAACCCUCUUGGUGGUCUCAUGUACUCGAACGUGUACCCUUCGAGCAACACCGACAACAGCACCUACACCCAGGUUUCUGACUGGACUAAUUUCAUGGGUGGUGACGCCUUCUGCAUCAAGAUCUGCGACCCCAGCAGCCAGAACAAGGGUUCGAACUGUGAGAACCGUUACGACCGUGUCGGUUGCGCGUACAACGCCCCCAACAACGCCCAGAACGGUACCUUCGAGGUCUGCGAUGCUGACGAUGUCCUCCCCGUCGGCACCUACGUCUCCGGUGGCGCGACCUUGACCUGGACCCAGCCCCCCGACGGUGUUGAGCCCAACCCCCCUUACACCCCCACUCCCCCCGCGUCGUCGAACUGUGUCAAGUACCAGUCUGCGCAGCUCUACACCGACGCCGUCAAGCCCACGUCCACCGGCAGCGGCAGCCAGCCCACUGGCGGUUCCGGCUCCGGUAGCUCCUCCGGCUCUGGUUCGUCUGGCUCGGGUUCGGGCUCUGGUGGUUCCAACGGCGCUUCGUCGAUGACCGUUUCCGCCAUCACCGGCCUCGCUGGCGUUGCCUUCGCGAUGGCCAUCUUCGCUUAAACGGAGCUGGUAUGGGGUUGCACGUCUGUCUACAUGAGGUCUUCCUUCUCGUACGUGAUGAAGUGGAUAUUGGGACACACUGGAUUUUUGAAACGACUCUUUUGCUUGCCUAGUUGUUAUUCACGACGUUACUCUAGAUCACUGCUUUGUUUGCAAUGAUGGACAUUACCUUUUUACCUUGCCUCCCUAACUACGCCCCUGCGCGGUUCCCGAUCAUGUCCGAAUCGAAGCUUCCUAAUUUG